AUGGCUGAGGAUACCCGGGAUCCUAACAAUGCAUCUUCAGAUGACCAGUCCCAGCCGGAGCCGCCUCGAAUUAGGCGGCCGAAACCCAGGCGUGACUUCCCCAAGUCUCAGGUGGGAAAGAUGUGGGAUGCGCUGGGAAAUCCUGAAGAACCCGUGAACACAAUGCCGGGAGGAACCUACAACUCGGCGGGCGGCAAACCGGUCGAAGUAUCCUGGAAAGAUGCAUUCAGCUUCUCAUACGAUGGCAAAGGCCCCGCAUGGUACCAGACGCCUUGCGCAAGAGACUCUCUGCUGGUCGGAAUAGCCUCUGGAGGCGCCGUUGGAGGAUUAAGAUUCGUCCUAAGAGGUCUCUCCUCUAUUGCAGCCUCAGCCAAUCUUGCAGUGGCGGGAUUUGCCCUCACAGCCAGCGGAAUGUACUACUGGUGCGAUCAGAGGCGGAAAGAAGAAGCUCGAGGAAUGGCUGCCGCAGUCGUGGGGAUGAGGAUGCUGCACGAAAAGAAGGCCAGAGAGAAGAAAGCCGCCGAGGAAGCUGCCCAGGCUGCUGCAGCCGCAAAGGCGGAAGAAGAGCGUAUACGCAGUCAGCGGUGGUAUAAAUUCUGGUGA